AUGUGUGCCUUGGUAACAAAAAUCGACGAGCUUAAUGCAUUUAUAUUUGGCACUAAGCAUUUCCGCGAAGGAACACCAUCUCGAUGGGAAUUAAUAGCUGAAUUUGUGAAGAGUCAGACAAAUAAUCCGGGCGAAGAUAUACCAACUGUGUGUCUCGGUGAGCGAGAAAGCGUUACAAAAAAGUAUGUAGAUUUGAAGAAGAAAGAAGACUGCCGAAUGAUGAGCACAUUUUUAGCCAAAAAUUACCCAUUUUUGUUAUCGAACGAGUUUAAUGUUAGUCGGCUGAACGUCAGUGGAAGAACGGCAAACAAAACAGUUAUUCUCCUGCCCCCUGUGUUAAAUUGUUGUGGUAAGCGAACUAAAAUGGACAGCCGACCGUCAUUUCCUUUCGUAUACAGUGUGAAUGGGACGUAUGUAGGAGCGCUAUUCCAUGGUCAAUGCACUGGUUGCAAAACGACAUUUUAUCCGAGCUAUAAAACAAUGGACAACAAGCGUGUGUACUAUAAUCCAUGCAAUGAAAGCAUGCAAUAUUUUCAAGUAACGUCACAAACAGUGUUUGAUAAACAGUUAUUAGAAGAUAUUUCAAAUAACAUAUGGGUGAGUGGGUGUACAUUCCAAUCGCGUGCCAAAGUGUAUAACGCUAAUUUCGCGCAAAAGAAUAACCAGAGACUAACAGAUAUGAAAGAAUUUGCUAGAACGAAAGAUGCGGAGUGGUUGUUAAACGAAGAUCGCGUAAAUGAUGCCUGGUUUAUGUGGAUAGUCGUAAAUUAUUUCCAUGAGAAAGGCGAACUUGAGCGGACACACUUAGAUGUUAAGUAUGAUGAAAAAAGUAAACAUCUGAAUACGGAAGAACUGUGUGAGUUGGUAUGGAAAGAUAUAUGCUGUUCUCGGAAAAAGUGGGUAAGGCACAAAUGUAAAACUAAAGGAUGCGCAGAAGGUUAUGUUACAGUGGAUGGAAACGAGUACCUCAAACGUGCAAAAUGUGCUCUGCCAAAGGAAAAAGUGAGAUUACGUCGUGAUCUUCCUGAAGUAUUUAGAUGUUGUACGAACAGUCCAAUAUGCGGCGGCAAGAGCGAAGCUCCUUCAAAGUUCUGUAGAGUCCAUGCGACGCAUGAGUCGGAGGAAGUUUGCGAUCAGGUGGAUAUGCCUAUAGAAUUUAAUUCGGCUGCUGAACGAGACUCGUGUGUUGUUGAAGAAAACGAUGAGAGAGACGAAGGAUGCAAGAAAAAGGAGAAUAUAUCGCUGUUUUUCGAAACAACAGCCGGCAUGCUUGCCCUUAUACGCCCAUGUGGUAUUGUGGUAAAUAUGACGGAGAUGUUUACUUGUGAAUCACUAACACAAGUAUUCCUUUUCCUACUAAGAACCUUUUGUGAUAAUACCGAGGAUUUUGAAAGAUUAAAGUUUGUUGGUUACGACCGCGCUUGUGGGCUAGUCCCUUUCUUGAAGAACCAACGUCGAAAUGGCAGUGCUGGGGCAAAGAUAUUAUUGGAAAAUGUGAAAUUCUAG